AUGGAUCCUUUACCCGUGUUUUAUUUGGUGUGCAUACUAUUUACAAAGGCAUCCGCUUUCAGUACUUCUGCAUUCUCUUUUAAUGUAGCCAACCCAGAUGGUGCCCAUACCGAUUUUACAAAACAAACAUACCCUGGAAUCACACACAGACAAUACAUUGUGAAAGAUGGUCACUACAUCUCCUCUGUUUUGGAAAAGGGUACAGAGCUAUGGAAGGCUAAGGAAGAUAAUGAAAAGUGUGUCUCCAUUAAUUUGUACUACAAGGGCAAUGCAUUCUUUAUGGAUUUGUGGGUCAUUAAUGGAGGUUUGACUAUUAAACGCUUUGAGAAGGUUGGUGGAAAAUGGAAGAAUGUGGAACUUGAAGAGUUUAACGAAAAGCUGAAUGGAGUGGUUUGA